GCAAGUCUGUCUAUGAAGUUAGCUGUAUAACCAAAUAAACACAUCGGCCUCCCAAGGAAAAGCGUGCCUGCCUGCCUUAAUUCAAACUUGGGUUAUUAAACCCGAAACCUGUUGCUCCGUCCCUGGAAGACUGCAGAUAAUAACCAGGAUAGUCAGAAACACCAUAAUGGUCUGAACUCGUGUGACAACAGUAUGACAGCUCUCGGAAGGAAGAUGAUACCAUGCUACACUGUACACAGGAACAUGGCAUGUAUUCAGCGUGCUGUGGGUGGAGUUCGUUGGACGAGUAGCUGUAGACCAGCCCCGCUUUUGACAGCCUCUCCUGUUCGCGCUCUCAUAGAUGACAAGAUCAGCAUUAGAGGACACUUCCUGCCCCCACAGUGUCCCAUCACAGUGUGUGCACAAAUGCACAGUGAUGAUGGAGAUCUGUGGGAAGCAUUUGCCCAUUUUAAUACUAAUUCAGAUGGGACUGUAAACUUAACCAGGGAUCCUUCAGUCGGGGGUUCAUAUUUGGGCUGUGAGCCAAUGGGGUUGUUAUGGGGACUGCAGCCGGCUCCGGGGUCCAGAGAUGGUUUGAGGCUGAGAAAGAAAAAAGUAGAGACUCCAUACGUAAUGCUCAUGUCCUUACUGAAGGACCACGUUUCACCCAGUGAGAGACACAGCACCAAACUCGCUGCCGUAACUACUGAGCGCUGGUACAUGGCACCAGGCGUACAGAGAAUAGAGAUUCGCCAGAACGGAGUUGUGGGAACGUUGUUUUUACCGCCUGGCCCAGGCCCUUUUCCAGCCAUGUUGGACCUGUGGGGAAUGGGUGGAGGACUGGUAGAGUACCGCUCGGCCCUUUUUGCAUCCAGGGGCUAUGCUAGCUUGUCCCUUGCCUACAUAGGGCACAAAGAUUUGCCUGGCCCACAAAAUCGUAUCAAUGUUGAUGAUUCAUAUUUCAAAACCUCGUUUAAACUACUGCAAGAUCAUCCUCAGGUCUAUCCCGGCAGAAUCGGGAUCAUAGGACUCUCCUUUGGAGUCUACCUGACUCUUCGGAUUGCCAGUCAUUCUGGCAUCAAACCGUCCUGUUUGAUUUGUAUCAAUGGACCAGUAGGAAGCACCAUCAAGCUCACAGACGAAGAUGGCAGGACUGAACAAAUGGAAAGUGACCAGAAAUAUUGGACGUAUGAUGAUCAAGGCAAUGUGAGUUUCAGAGCCGUCUCGUUGCCUGCCAACCUUUCCCCUGAGAGCAAAGUCAAGUUAGAGAAUCUCACAUGUCCAUUAAUGUACAUAGUGGGAGAAGAUGACUUGAGUGCUUCAAGUAUGGAGAAUGCGAACUUGAUAGAGAAAACCCUGAGUGCUGCAGGUAAAUCCCAGCUGUUCACUCGUUUGUCGUACCCUGGUGCCGGUCACCUGAUUGAACCACCUUACACACCAAAUUCAAGAGCAUCCCUGUGGAGCGUCAAACCACAAAAAUUAGUCACUCUGUGGGGAGGUCACCUUGCACCCCACGCUGCUGCCCAGGAAGAUGCCUGGAAGAAGAUUCUGGAAUUUAUGGAAACUAACCUGAGACAUUGAAUUGUUGAACGAUAUGGUUUCAGUCUGGUUUCAGGUGCUCCACAUCAAUUACGCUGAGGAUCCCCUUCAAGUAGCCUAAAUGUUUUUCUUUGUCAUCAUGUAUACAUGUAUUUUAUAACUUAUAUAAUACUAAAUAUUGGUCAAAAGAACAGCAGCUGAUUCUCUAAAGAUCAUUUUUUUAAUGUGCAUACAUGUGAAAUAAUCAUUUUUUUAGAUUGGUUUGAAGAGGUCAUGACAUGCUGAGGUAACCAUGGCGAUGAGUGCGAUGAACUCUUUGAAGUCGAUCUCCAGGUCUCCGUUCUGGUCGAGGUCCGUAAAGAGCUGAUCCAAAACGUCAUUCUCUUGGAUUUUCUGUUCAGCAGAAACAUAAAAUGGAAGAGAAACACAAAAUGUAUUUUAUUUGACAACAUCUAAAAGUCUUUAAUUACAUCAGUGACAACUUCAGGUCGAAAUGCUUCUCUACACCAGAAAAAAACUUGUAUUAGAUAGAAUCAAAUUUGUUUGACCAACAUAUUCAGUUGUUACAUUUACAAUUAUGCACAUUGUAACUGUUGUACAUUCAAAGAUAGACAUAAAAAAACACAGCUUGUUAAAAGUAUCUUCAAGUUGUUAAGUUGAGAUAUUUGCUUCCAUAACUUACCAUUAUGAAAUGACUCAUCUCAUUGUUGAUAAGCUCUUUAAGCUCUGUCUUCUUCAGCUUGCACGUUUUACCCGAGUAUUUGUGGAAAACUUUGAUAAUGUUGACCAUACCACUCUCCAGCUCUGACAUAUUUUCAUUUGAGGCCUGCAACAAAUAAUUAAAACAAAUUCCCAUUCGACUAGAAAAAUCUUUUAACCACAUCUUAGGGCGUUGUGAUAGGGACGAUUCUAUUUUCAGUUUUUUUUGUUAUUCAAAUACAUUGUAACGUAAUGCAUCGACUUAUAAUAUUAUAUUAUAUUUUUAGAAUAUAUAAAAUGGAUACAAACAUUUAGUCUUUCUUACCUCCAUUUGAAGAAAGACCUGCUUGUAAGAAUCCUAACGGGGAAUAAUGGCUUGUUCAGUAUUGUGUUGAUGGCCUCGCCCAGUUUACUCUGACCACUCAACUGUAUUGAUCCAUCACACCAAGCUUCCUUCCCUGCCAUGCGCUACGUCAUGCACGUCUAAUGGAUUUUAGUGGUCAGGGCCUUGUCCAAAAUACUUUUGCUCUUAAAAUCUAGAAUUUCUGAUUGUCAAGUUCCACCAUUUAGCAGAGUAUGUAAUCCAGUUUAUGAAUUGCAUAAUUGGUGUUUUUUCCUGUUUUCUCUCAGGCUAUUGUGGUCUGUUAAGCCCACUGUUUUGGAGGGUGUGUUGAGUCCUGCAGUUGUCCACUUGCAGAUUUAGUGCACAGUUGUUUGUUUGUUUUUUAAAUCAAAAAACACCUUAUAUUAUAAAGAUUACUGUAAAGCUACAAGUGACCAAUUUGAGAAUUCCUAUGUAUUCAAUGUUUGUUUCUGAAGCAUUCUAGUCUGCAACACUUCCCCAGGAUGGGCAAAAAUAAAGUUUAAUAAAAAAUAAAUGUAAACAAUAAUAAACAUUAUCAAAAUUGGGCUGCCGAAAUAUUAGAUUUUCACCAGUUUUCAUCAGUGAAAUUUAACUUUGUUCAUUUUGCAUUUUGAAUGUUUUUUGGCCAAUAAAAUAAACGUAAAAUACCUGUGUAUGGAGGUAGAGAAGAGUCUGUAACCAAAGCACAAAAUAAGAUGAUUCAAAUAUAAAUUGUUGGCUACUUUUUGACCAACUCAAUCUGAAAGCACGCCCCAUCUUUUCUGGUGGUGAACAUGUUUUAGAGUGACAUCUUAAGACAUUUUAUAAACAUAUUAUAUUGUAUAAUAUAAUUAAUAAUAAACUGGACUGGAGUGACAACACUGACGCUCUCCUCAGAAAGGCAGUAGGGCCUGGCUCAAUGUGUGGCAUUUGCAAGCAGUUCUUCCUCAGGAGGCUCAUGUCAUUCAACGUGUGCAAGAGGCUGCUGCAGACGUUCUACCAGUCUGUAGUGGCCAGUGUGCACUUCUUUGCCGUGGUGUGCUGCUGGGGAAACACCAACAAAAGGGAUGCUGACAGGUUGAACUAGCUCGUGAGGAAGGCUUGCUCUGUAGUUGGAGUUGAACUGGACAAUUUGGAGAGGGUGGCUGAGGGGAGGACAAGGAAGAAUCUGGACAGUAUCCUGGAUAACCCCUCCCACCAUGCAGAUCUAUGAAGAUGAGGAGUAUGUUCAGCCACAGACUCAUCCCACCUCGGCACAGCACUAAGCGCCUGGGAAACUCCUUUUUUUCCAUUAGGCUGCAAAACAAGGGGUUAACUAUGUGACUCACUGACAAUAACCCGGACUGCACAUAAAACCUGCAUCAAUCAACGUAAAUAUAUUUAACAAUCCGGGUACAAAAUGUAUAUGUUCAUUGAAGUCCUUAAUUCUGUUUUUUGUCUUAACAGAUACUUACCUGUACAUCAUUUUAAUCAUUUUAUUGUAGUUUUAUUAUCCUGUGUGAACCACACUGUCCUGUUUUUCAUUCUUAUUCUGUUGCUACUUUAACUACUGAAUUUCCCCACGGGGAUUA